AUGUCGACCAACUUUCGCGACCGCGCCAUCGCAGAGGUGCAAAAGGCCAUCACGGCCGACCACAACAAGGAGUACCAAAAGGCCUUCGACCUCUACAUGUCCUCCAUGGAACUCUGGGUCAAGGCGCUCAAGUGGGAGAAGAAUAAGGCUCUCAAAGUCACCAUGCAGGAGAAGAUGGCCACCUACCUCGACCGCGCAGAGAAGCUCAAGCAAUUCCUCGCCAACGAGAACGAUCCCAGCGCAAAUGGCAAUGGCAAGUCCGCUAUGGGCGCUAACGGUGCCUCCACUAGCAAGGGCAAGCCUGCAGCAGGCGAGGACGACGAUAGCAAAAAGUUGCGCAACGCAUUGUCGGGUGCCAUUCUCCAAGAGAGGCCCAACGUGCGGUGGGAAGAUAUCGCUGGUCUUGAGGGUGCCAAGGAGACGUUAAAGGAGGCUGUUGUGCUGCCCAUCAAGUUCCCCAGUCUGUUCCAGGGCAAGCGACAGGCGUGGAAGGGUAUCCUGUUGUACGGUCCUCCAGGUACAGGUAAAAGUUACCUCGCCAAGGCUGUUGCGACAGAAGCGAACAGUACAUUUUUCAGUAUCAGCAGUUCCGAUCUGGUCAGCAAAUGGAUGGGUGAGAGUGAAAGGUUGGUCAAGCUCCUUUUCUCUAUGGCGCGCGAAAAUAAGCCUUCGGUUAUCUUCAUCGACGAGAUCGAUGCCCUGUGCGGUCCCCGUGGUGAGGGCGAGUCCGAGGCUUCACGUCGUAUAAAGACCGAGAUUCUGGUUCAAAUGGACGGUGUGGGCAACGACAGCAAGGGUAUUUUAGUUCUGGGAGCCACCAAUAUUCCCUGGCAACUCGAUGCUGCUAUUCGACGACGAUUCCAGCGUCGUGUGCAUAUUGGUCUUCCCGACCAAAAUGGACGAGCACGCAUGUUUAAGCUGGCCAUUGGCGAUACCGACACUGCUCUCGUGGCGGCCGAUUACAACGUUCUUGCUUCUAAAUCGGAAGGAAUGUCCGGUAGUGAUAUCGCCAACGUGGUUCAAUCUGCCCUUAUGAGGCCUGUCCGAAAGAUUCUACAAGCCACCCACUUCAAGGCUGUUAUGAAAGAUGGUAAGCGCAUGUUGACGCCUUGCUCGCCCGGCGACCCAGAAAAGAUUGAGAUGACGUACGACGACGUUUCAUCGGAGGAACUACUGGCUCCAGACGUGCAGCUCAAGGACUUUGAGAUGGCGCUGGACGACUCGCAUCCAACUGUAUCCAAGGACGAUAUCGCAAGGCAGAUCGAGUGGACCAACGAGUUUGGUAGCGAAGGUGCAUGA